GCUAUGAGCUGAAAGUUGCGUGAGUUCAAAGCAAAUAUGGAGGAUUUCAGUGACUCGAAUUCACACGAAAUGACAGAAAAUCAUGUUCAAAAACGAUGUAAUAAUCAGUGGGUUCGGUUAAAUGUUGGUGGUACAUAUUUCUUAACGGCGAAAACUACUCUAGCUAGAGACCCCAAUUCAUUUCUCUACCGAUUAUGUCAAGAAGAUUCUGAUCUUAUCUCAGACAGGGAUGAAACUGGAGCAUAUUUAAUAGAUCGUGAUCCAACAUAUUUUAGUCCUGUGUUAAAUUACUUACGUCAUGGGAAAUUGGUUAUUAAUAAAGACUUAACAGAAGAAGGUGUUUUAGAAGAAGCCGAAUUUUAUAAUAUUACAGAACUUAUUCGUUUAGUGAAAGAAAGAAUUAUAUUAAGAGAUACUAGACCAUUAAGAGACUCAAAAAAACAUGUUUAUAGAGUUAUCCAGUGUCAUGAGGAUGAAUUAACUCAAAUGGUAUCAACGAUGUCUGAUGGAUGGAAAUUUGAACAGUUAAUUAACAUAGGAUCUCAAUAUAAUUAUGGAAAUGAUGAUCAUGCUGAAUUUCUAUGUGUGGUCAGUCGAGAAUAUGGAGCCACUCAACUCAAUAGUAAGGAACAGGAGUCAACAGAUCGUGUCAAGGUUCUGCAGCAGAAGGGUUCUCGCAUGUAAUCUCUAAAUCCAUAUUUUUCUUUUCUUGCUUCAUUUAAUUAAAUCAACUGUGCAGCAACAAGAUGAAGACUAUUCUUAUUUCUACAUAUAAAAUUUAAGUUCACACAAGGUCUUCAUUGCUUCAUUUUCAAUAACAAAGAAGAAGAUACAAAGGUAUAAUAUCUUUUGUAGAUACAUAGUUAUCAUACAACACAAAAUGAAAUUAUAAAAAUUGAAAGUAUUAUAUAUUGAUAAACAAAUUAUUUUAUUUUUUUAAAUUUUAAUUUUAAUUUCUAACAUUUAAUGAGAAUGAUAUGGAUUGUAAUGAUAAAAAUAAUGCUGAAUUAUUUCAUAAGGGAUCAUACAUUUUACAAUGGAAAAAAUUAGUAACUUUUUAUCCCACAUCUGUAACACUCUCCUUU